AGAAAGUUUAGGGAUCGGGAACAUGGUGAUGGAAAGGGGCUAUAAGCACCUAAUUCUUGGUGGGAAACACAACAUCUGUAAUGCUUUCGUGACAUACAAGCAGACUUGUGAGGUAAAUGUUGUCACGUCUGCAACAUAAUUAUUUCGUGAAACAUCAAAAGCCCUCUGUUUGUAUGCGAAUGUUGUGUGGCUAGCUUAGCCUGGCUACUUGUUCCGCUAGCCAGCCAUAGCUGGCCAUCGUUUUUGUUAAGUGAACGAAGUGAAAGCAAUAAAGCUAGAAAGCAGUGUUUGCCUCCAACCGAGGCAGGGCCCAGUGGGUCAGACUGCUUGAGUAAUGUGGUUUAGUUUCUCUCGGGAAGAUGGAUGAAAGGUCCACCAACCACCACCGGCUCUUGAUUGCCCUGGUGAUAAUCUUGCUCUUUGGCGUUAUUGUGCUUCAGUACCUUUGUCCUAGCUCCGGUUGCCAACUGUUGCACCUAGGAUCAUUGGCCUCCAACUCGGGCAGCAAUGCCAUCGGGUCCCAGGGAAACGACAUUGGCCUCAGUGGACAGGACACAUACGUCGCUGAGGACUGUGCCCUGGCCCGUUUUGUUCCCCGCUUCAAUUUCACUUCUGCAGACCUCGGUCGACUCGUAGACUUCAAUAUCCAGGAAGAUGAUGUUAUUGUUUUUCUACACAUUCAUUAGACAGGGGGCACAACAUUUGUUGCGUAAUAUUAAACUCGAGAGGCCUUGUGAGUGUCAUGCUGGCCAAAAGAAAUGCCCCUGUUACCGGUCAGGUAAAAGGGAAACGUGGCUUUUCUCUCGGUUCUCCACUGGCUGAAGCUGUGGUCUUCACGCGGACUGGACCGAGCUGACCAACUGCGUGCCGUCUCAUGAACACGCGCGAGCCCCCCAAGAAGUCUACAGUUCCCAGUCUGUCUCUAUAUUCUAUCUGUCUGCUGUUCUUCAGCCGGAACUACUACUAUAUCACCAUCCUGCGUGACCCGGUGUGGCGUAACCUGAGCGAGUGGCGGCACGUGCAGCGCGAUGCCACCUGGAAGGCCUCCCUGCACGUGUGUGACGGGCGCGCCCCCACGCUGGCCGAGCUGCCCAGCUACGACCCCGGGGAUGACUGGUCCGGCUGCUCCCUGCAGGAGUUCAUGGACUGCCCCUACAACCUGGCCCAGCGAUAAGCCCCAGUGAGGACUACAUGGAUAAUGUGGAACAGUGGCGGUAGUAGUGAGAGGACCAAGUUGGAGAAAGAGGGAAGAGUUGAGCCUUGUCUAUACAGACAUUAUGGGCGCUUCCUGCAAAUGUGCACGUCUUCACGUCCCUCCAUGGAUUUGAAAGGAAAUUACUGGUAUUAGAAAAAUGUGUUUUUAACCAUGCCUAUACCAAUCCAAUGCUAUAUGAGGGUAGUAGUGAACAAAUGCACACUUCGGGAACAAGGAGAUAUGGGAUACACACAUUCUCAAAACUCUCCACUAACAGCGUACAGCUCCCUUUAGCCUGCAUCCGAACCUGUAGUCCAUGGACAGCUUUCCAUUUAGCAAAACGUGCUUAUUUUUCUUCAAUGUAAUUUAUUUUUGUGUACUUCACUAACCCACAUUGUGGUCAUGACAUUUCAUAGAGAAAAUCCAGGGCUCGUCACAAUUGGCAUCCUAUUCCCUAAUAUAGUGCACUUUUGACCCCGGUCAAAAGCUGUGCACUACAUAGAGAAUAGAGUACCAAUUGGGACAGGGUGACUACCAAUACCAUGCACCUCUCAAUCGCCCAAGCCUUCUGAUGAAACCUUACGGUUCACGUACAGAAUUGUUGGUUAUAUACCAGGGGGAAAAAAUAUUUUCCCUGAUAGUCCAUUUGAUAUUGAUUUUAUAAGCACAUUUUUGUAACGGAUUUUGUUUCAAAGAGAAUAAGCUUUUUUCUCCCUUGCUGCUUUUCUAUUCAUAUUAUGCCACAAUGUUGUUGUGAAUUAUGUUGGUAAAGCUGUUGAAUGAUUUGUCAGAUGACAUGCAGCUCACAAAUGACUGAGAAAGACUUGAAAUGACCGAAGAAGAAAAUAAAAAAGUCUCACUAAAUGAGAUGUAAUAAUGA